AUGGGAAAGAUCAAGAAGAAAGGCACUUCGGGACAGGCGAGGAACUACAUUACAAGGACGCAAGCUGUACGGAAGCUUCAAAUCAGCUUGCCAGACUUCCGCCGGCUUUGCAUCUUCAAAGGCAUCUACCCUCGCGAGCCCCGCAACAAUAAAAAGGCCUCGAAAACAUCCUCUCAAGCUACAACAUUCUAUUACACCAAAGACAUCCAGUAUCUUCUGCACGAACCAUUACUUGCCAAGUUCCGAGAACAAAAAGCGCUGUCGAAGAAGAUCGCACGAUCAUUGGGACGAAACGAGGUCAACGAUGCUGUGCGCUUGGAGAAGUAUGGGACCCCCAAGAUCACCCUUGACCAUAUCAUACGGGAACGAUAUCCUACUUUUGUCGAUGCCAUUCGAGACCUAGACGAUGCCCUCUCGCUCCUUUUCCUCUUCGCGAAUUUGCCGUCGACUUCGACAGUGCCUUCUAAAGUCAUUGCGCGCUGUCAGAGACUGUGCCAUGAAUUCGAGCAUUAUCUCAUCACCUCAAACUCGCUCCGAAAAUCAUUUCUCUCCAUAAAAGGCAUCUACUAUCAAGCCACAAUACAAGGACAAGAUGUGAUGUGGUUGGUGCCGUACCGAUUUGUGCAAAAGGCAACACAGGAUGUCGACUACAGGAUCAUGGGUACGUUCGUAGACUUCUACUCGACAUUACUUGGCUUUGUCAACUUCAGACUCUACACAUCCAUUGGACUUGUCUAUCCUCCAAAAUUUAAUGCUGAAAGCGAUGAGAGAGGCGCAGAGCUUGGUGCUUUCACCUUGGAAGGCAGAGUCGGAGAUGGUCUGGAAAACGGAGAUAGCCUCAAGACCAUCGCAAAUGGCCAUUCUCAGACGACAAACUCAGUAGAGGUCCAGAGACAACUGGAACAAGUAGUACAGUUGGAAGAGUCAGAGCAGGAUCAAGAAAACGACAAUCAGGCCGGCAAAGAAGAGAAUGACGAUGCACUUGAUAAAUUUGAAACUGCUGCGCCCGAAGCAGACACCUUGGCCCAGCCUGAUCUUGAUAGCAACCAGACUGCUUCACUGUUUGCGAGUUUCACUUUCUAUAUUUCGAGGGAGGCACCACGGCAUCCAAUCGAGUUCCUGCUGCGUGCUUUUGGGUGCAGACGCAUCGGGUGGGAUCCAGUUCUUGGUGAGGGUGCUUACACCAACGACGAGAUUGAUGGUCGGAUAACACAUCAGGUGGUUGAUCGCCCCUCUUUGCCAGAAAGCACCUCUCUUGGCGAGUCUGGUGAACAGGGUCAAAAUGUUGACAAUAAUUCCAGAACUCUACGACCUGGAAUGCGGGUGCCUGGGCGCACGUACAUUCAGCCACAAUGGGUUUGGGACUGUAUCAAUGCUGGUCGCUUGCUUCGACCAGAUUUAUAUGCUCCUGGCGCGACUUUACCGCCUCAUCUGAGUCCCUGGGUUCAAGCUGCACCUGGGCAAUAUGACCCCAGAGCAUCUUUGGCAGAGCAGGAAUUGGACGGAGAGGCGCAGCAGGCGCUGGAAGAAAGUAGGAAUGAUGGCAAGGAAGAUGAUCCAUCCUCUUCCGAUGUUGAAAGCUCAGAGGAGGGUUCUGUCGAUGGCAGAAUGGAUAUAGCAGGCUCCGAUAACGAAGAAGACGAGGUCGACGAAGUGCCAGCGGAAGAAGACUUUGCUGGUUUUGAGGACGAGGAAGCGGGUGGUGUCGGAUCAGGCAACGAGCAUGAAGAUGAGCGAUCACAGCAUCAGAAGGAAUUGGAGGCUGAAGCGGCUGGGCUACCUUUCUCCUCCACCCCUGUUUCAGGGAAACCGUCCACAGGCACAAUAGGUACCGAGGCAAAGAAGCGUGCAUUGAAGAAGCAGAAGGAGGAGGAAGAACUCGAACGCCGGAAAAUGAUGAUGAGCCGGAAGAAGCGAAAGUUGUUCGAGAAGAUGCAAUAUUCGAACAGCAAGCGGGAUGCAGAAGCGGAAAAGCUACGAAGCAAGCGGAGAAGAUUAGAGCGAGCGUCUUGA